AGAGAGAGAGAGAGAGAAAUGUAUGUCGACUCAAGUCUCUAUUAUAAAUCCGGCAAGCUUUGAAAGCACCACAUAAUUUACAGCCUCAGAACGGUGGCACACCCAAAAGGUCCAAGCUUUAUCCAUCUAAUAAUCAGAUCUCAGAGAGAGAGAGAGAGAGAGAUGGGUAAUAGCUUAGGGGGCAAGAAAACGGCGAAGGUGAUGAAGAUAGACGGAGAGACGUUAAAGAUGAAGACGCCGAUGACGGCGGAGGAGGUGCUGAAAGAGUAUCCAGGCCUCGUCUUGUUGGACUCAGAAGCCGUCAAGCAUUACGGCGUCAGAGCCAAGCCCCUCCAGGCGGGGCAGAGGCUGGAGGCGAAGAGGCUGUAUUUCCUGGUGGAGCCUCCGAGGCAGAGAGAGGGUAUUCCGCCGAGAAGGGUAAGAUCGGGAAUCCACAUGAGCGCCCAGGAGAGGCUGGAAAGCCUCGUGCUUGCCCGGAGAUCCGCCUCCGAUCUGUCUAUCCUCAAUCCCUCCGGCCGCCGGACUGAAGCCGAGACUGCCGCCGCCGGAUCUGUCAGAGUGAAGGUUAGGGUUCCUAAGGCGGAGAUAGAGAGGCUGGUCAGGGAGAGCGCGACCGAGGCCGAGGCCGCCGAGAAGAUCGUCGGUCUCUUCGUGGCUAAGCAGAGGGACCAAGACGCGCGUGACAGCACGCGCCGCCUUGGUGGAGGAGUCAAGGCCCGUGAGAAAAGAGUGAGCUUUAUGGCGCCGAGAGAGGCAGGGAAGGAGAUAAGCGUCGCUUCUUAAUUAGUCGCCUUUUAAAUUUAAUAGAAUUAGGAAUUAAAUCCCCCUUUGAUGGUUUCUGCAUCUUCCUCUGUAUAUACAAAAGCAGGAAUUAUAUAUUAUAGGAAAAAAAAAUAUAUAUAUAUAUAGAUUUUUUUCGAGAGAGGUAACUGGAUGAUGUAUCCAUUGCUUGAGGCGAUUAUAGACUAUCAAAAGUUUUUAUUAAUUA